CCCAAUCAGCGUCCUUGUUUGUGUGGUGCCGCCGCCGCCGCCGCCGGUGCCGCCGCCGCUGUCCCUGUCUGUACCGCAGUGUCUGCUCCGCCCGCCAGCCCGCCCCGGCCCGGCUCGGCUCGGCCCGGCCCGCCCUCUCUUUUCCCCUUUCCCUCUCCCCGGCCCCGAAAGCGGGGGCCUGGAGUCCAUACUGCCGCCGCCUUUUCUUUUUUCGCCGCCUCCGUUGCCUCUUGAGGAGACGGACCGAGCCGGGAGUUCCGCCGCCACCGCCAGGAUGGACAGAAUGACAGAAGAUGCCCUUCGCCUGAAUCUGCUGAAGAGAAGCCUGGACCAGGCAGAUGAACGGGAUGAUGUCCUGGCAAAAAGACUCAAGAUGGAAGGACAUGAGGCUAUGGAGCGAUUAAAAAUGUUAGCACUGCUCAAAAGGAAGGACCUGGCAGGCAUUGAAAUGCCCCAUGAGUUACCUACCAAACAGGAUGGUGGUGGCGGUGGCAAGGGCUAUGAGGAGAAACUUAAUGGGAAUCUGAGGCCGCAUGGGGAUAAUAGGACUGCUGGACGGCCAGGCAAGGAGAACAUCAAUGAUGAGCCUGUGGACAUGAGUGCUAGGAGAAGUGAGCCAGACCGGGGACGACUGACUCCCUCCCCUGACAUCAUCGUCCUUUCUGACAAUGAGGCCUCCAGUCCUCGUUCCAGUUCCCGCAUGGAAGAGAGACUGAAAGCAGCCAACUUGGAGAUGUUUAAGGGAAAAGGUAUUGAAGAGCGGCAACAGCUUAUUAAGCAGCUGAGGGAUGAGCUACGUCUAGAAGAAGCCAGAUUGGUCCUGUUGAAGAAACUAAGGCAGAGUCAACUACAGAAAGAGAAUGUGGUUCAGAAGACCCCAGUUGUACAAAAUGCAGCAUCAAUUGUCCAGCCAUCUCCUGCCCAUGUAGGACAGCAGGGACUGUCCAAGCUCCCUUCCAGGCCUGGUGCUCAGGGGGUGGAGCCCCAAAACCUGAGAACAUUGCAGGGUCAUAGUGUCAUCCGCUCAGCCACCAACACAACCCUUCCACACAUGCUGAUGUCACAGCGAGUUAUUGCACCAAACCCUGCCCAACUGCAGGGCCAGCGAGGGCCACCCAAACCUGGCCUCGUACGUACCACCACACCCAACAUGAACCCUGCCAUCAAUUACCAGCCGCAGUCAAGUUCUUCUGUCCCUUGCCAGCGCACAACAUCCUCUGCCAUCUAUAUGAAUCUUGCCUCUCACAUCCAGCCAGGGACUGUUAACAGAGUGUCUUCACCACUCCCCAGCCCUAGCGCCAUGACUGAUGCAGCCAAUUCACAGGCAGCAGCUAAGUUGGCCCUUCGUAAGCAGCUGGAAAAAACACUGCUGGAGAUCCCACCCCCUAAGCCUCCUGCUCCUCUGCUCCACUUCCUACCCAGUGCAGCCAACAGCGAGUUCAUCUACAUGGUGGGCUUGGAGGAGGUGGUACAGAGUGUCAUUGACAGCCAAGGCAAAGGUUGUGCCUCACUUCUUCGGGUGGAGCCAUUUGUAUGUGCUCAGUGUCGCACAGACUUUACCCCACACUGGAAGCAAGAGAAAAAUGGCAAGAUUUUGUGUGAGCAGUGUAUGACCUCCAACCAGAAGAAGGCCCUAAAAGCUGAGCAUACUAACCGGUUGAAGAAUGCCUUUGUCAAAGCCCUACAGCAGGAACAAGAAAUUGAGCAGCGACUACAGCAGCAGGCAGCCCUCUCCCCUACCACAGCUCCAGCUGUGUCCAGUGUCAGUAAGCAAGAGACCAUCAUGAGACAUCAUACGCUCCGGCAGGCUCCACAGCCCCAGAGCACUCUCCAGCGUGGCAUCCCCACAUCUGCCCGCUCCAUGCUUUCCAAUUUUGCACAGGCACCCCAGCUGUCUGUGGCAGGAGGCCUCCUUGGCAUGCCAGGUGUUAAUAUUGCUUACUUGAACACUGGCAUCGGGGGACACAAAGCACCCAGCCUGGCAGACCGACAGCGGGAGUACCUUUUAGACAUGAUUCCCCCCCGGUCUAUAUCGCAGUCCAUCAGUGGACAGAAAUAACGCCUAUUCCACUUGCCCUGCCCCAACCCUGAACCCUCUGUUCCCUCCCUCUCUCCUUUUGCCCCCAACUUCCGUCGCAUGCAGUGCCUGUACUGGUGCCUACCAUACACGGAAAACAAAACAAAACAAAAAAAAAAAAAACAGAAGACAAAAAAAAAAGAAACCAACAAGAAAACACAUACUCAUGCCCCUCCCUGCCACCUCCCCCUUUUCCACACUGCAGCGAUCUGUUCCUCUGCCGCUCUUUUCUUCUCUCUUCAGUUUUCUAUGAUAGUGAGAGGUGGACCUGCACCCCACUAGAGGUCAGAGUGAGGUCCCAGGGAGAAUCUGUGCCCUCUGACAUAUGUUUCUGAAGCUUGUUUUUAUGCUAUAAUUAUUAUUAUUUUUAAUGAUGUCUUGUGUCCUCCCUUUUUGUUCAAUGGACGGUUAAACCUUUUUCUUUUCCUGGUUUUUUCCCCCCAUCUUUUUUUUUUUUUUUUUUUUUUAAACAAAGAUAUCCUCUUAAGUGAUAGGAGCAUUGCAGUGGUUUUCUUCUUGGGGGGGGGGGGGGGGGGGAGGCUCCAGCCAAAAGGCAUGAGGUGACUAAGGCUGGUUAGGGGGUGAAUACAUUUAAUCAGUGGAGUUUAGUGGCAACACAAGAGGAAGAAUGACAUCCCCAGGCUCUGAGGCAUAGGAUUUCUUAGGGGGAAGGGGAACAGUGUAGCUGGGCUUUGGGAAUGAGAGUCAGGUGCUUUAGAAGGGAGAAGCUUUAAAAUGCAGUACCCAUAGAACUUACCCUUGGUAUCAUCUAGGGUGGGAGAACGGGCAUGAUUUUGAACUAAAGAGGACUGUUAGUAGGUCCUGGCCCCUGAACAACAAGAAUCAGGAGUGAAGGUAGUAAUCUUUGGCUCCAUUGGAAAGAUGGGAGUCUACUUGAGGUUAGGUGGCCCAACUUCGGCGUGGCAGAUUUAGUAAAGUCAUCCUAAUCUGUCCCUUCUGCCUGUAGCACCAGCUACACUUAACAAUGAAAGGCAUCAUCUGACCCCCAAGCAGAAUUUGAUUGGGGGACCUGGAAGUUGGAAUGGGAGUGAGUAAAUUGGGAAAGGGGAGGAAUAGUUGUGGAGAAAGGAAGAACAGAAGGGGUUUUCUCCAUGAAGGUAAGGUUGGUUCACGUUUGCAGUCUGGCUUCUCUCCCUUUUGCCUCCUGUAUGUAGAGGAGAAGGGAAUGAAAAGGAAAGGUUUCCUACCUAGGUGGGAGCUCCAUCCUGACCAUACCCUUGGCAAAUUUGUUAUUGCACCAAGCCAAAUGUCUCACUUCAAAACCAGCUUCAGAGGCUGCUUCUGAGAUCUAAAGUUGGUUUUUAAAGUAUUUUCAGAAUUGUAUUAGUUUUAUUUUUGUUUUUGUUUUGUUUGGGAAUUACUACUAAUGUAGAAAAUGAAUUGAAUUGUGCAAUGUCAUUCUGGGAAUGGGGGGAGGAAAUUAGCACCCAGUCUGCUUACCUUUUGGAUUGAGGGGGAUAGGGAAGGUGCCAGGUUUUCUUUGAGGCAUGCAGCCCUCAAAACACACAUCCUUCUAGCACCAAUAAACUGCCAGAGGUCCCCUAAAUAUAGCAUGCCCAAAAGAAAGGCAUGGGGAAGGAGUGUGAGGUCCUGACCCUGUUCCCAAAACCAGCCAGGAAGCCCCCCACCUGAAAAAAAAAAAGGCACUUUUAAAAACUAAUGAAAGAAAGAAAAAACUACACAUUCUCCCAAAAGGCUUUUGGUGUUCAGAAUAGGGAUAAAGGAGUUGGGUCCAGGCUUUGAUAUUCUACCCACUCCUGACACCCCUGUGCCAUUUCGGGUGAUUGUACUGGCCCCACGGGCCUUCCCCAAUUUUUUUUCUUCCUCCCUUCUCCCCAAAAUCCAUUGAGCACUUAAUAGAGGGGCAAAGAUACAGCCUGUGUCUGGACUCCCUGGUGGUGAAAGGAUCUGGAAGCUAGAAGCUAGUAACCGGUAGCGAUGGGGUUGUUGUUGCGAGUGUUGUCUGAUGGGGUGUGUGGUGCCCCCUGACUGUAAAUGGGGUGGGGGUGGGGGGAAUAGUAUUGGGUGGGCUCUGGGAUUAUUUUAAAAUUCUAUAUAUAUAUAUAAAUAUAUAUUCUUACAUCUUUUCUUUGCUCUCUGUGCUUUGAAAGCACUGGAUGAAUAGUUUGGUUUUGUUUUUCUCUCUCUUCCACAAAAUUGGAAGGUUUUUUUUUUUUUUUUGGUUUUUGUUUUUUUAAUGUUUUUCUUGUCAUCUUGCCAUGUGGCAUGUCUCUCUAGCCUCUCCUUCCCCUCUCCACCUUCUAUCCCGACACAAACACAUGAUAAAGUGCCAUUUCUGUCAUGUAUCCAGCUUCCCCUGCCCAAAGGUACAAGGUGCCCAGGUGUGUCAUUUGAGAUUAAAAGUAAGGAAAAAAGGAAUGUGCAAUACCAUGUGGCUGGUGGUAGUCCCAGCCUUGAGUUUAAAUCCCUACCCUAGGAACCAGCUACCACUGUAUUGGCCUUGGAAAUGGGUGUAUAAGGUGAUUUUUGCAUGAAGGCAAACCUGUAGUUCUAGUACCUAUUUCCAGGGAGAGGGAAAUUAUGUGAUGUGGUGGAGGGAGAAAUGCAGCAUGUCUUCCCUACUUUCCUCUUCUUUCUUCUUCAAGAUCAAGCUACAGAUGCUGCUUGUUGAUAGAGAUCUGUGAUCCUUUGCUUGUUAGCUGAGGUUUUGUUCUUGUUCCACUGGUCCCUACUUCCCUCCCUAUCCCCAUUCUUUCAGAGGUUAGUGUUGGGUGGAUUGGCCAAUAUGGUCUUCUGAAUCAUGGUAAAGUGUUAGUCCUCCAUCUCUCUUUUCCCCUUUCUCUCCCCAAAUUCUCCCUUUCAUCACUGAUUCCUUUUGUCUCUACUUUCCCCUUCCAAUAUCCCUUAUAUCUGCUCAUAACUCAUCUUCUAACUCCCAAGUAUCUAAGGUCCCUAAUGGCCCUGGUCUGUGUGGACACUGAACUGAGGUCCUUUAGGUAGGACAUCCUUUAUCUUAAGGAAGGUAGAAAAUAACCAUUAUUCUGGGAGUCUUCCUUCUGGUGCUCAAGGUGGAGGUAGAAUGAGGGGUCCACCAGUACUACAUGGCUUCUCCCCACACUAAUCUCCAGAGGUGCUUGAGGAAAACUGGGACCAGCAGGCUAUAGGCAGUACCUGCUCCCUAGAAGCAAGGGGAUGGAUUUAGGGCAAAAGGCCUCCAGUGGAAAGUAAAAAAUGAGAACUGAGGUCCCAUUUUUAUUUUGUCAUUGACCAUAGCAUCCAGUCCCCUACCUGUCCCUGGAAUAAAUAUUUUUUUCCACAUUUUGGAUGUAAUGUAUGGUAGAAAUUUCUCUGUUCUUUUUUCUCUCUCCCCUGCUUUGCUCUUUUAUUCUCUUUUCCUUUCUCUUUUUUCUUUUCUUUUUCUUCCUGCUAUUUUUCUUCUUCUUCUUUUUUUUUUAAGAUGCAGAUAAAGUGUUUUCCUGCUUUGGUUUCCUUUCCUUUCCCUUUUUAAAGAAAUUAGCUAUAGAAAUGCUUUGUAAAGAUGCUUCUUGAUAUUUUACUUUUGAUCCCUCUUUCCCAUCCUCCCCAAUCCUAAAAGCAUAACCCUUCUCCCUUCCCCAUUCCUACCCUCUCCCCCAAGCCCAGGUUCCCUCUCCCAAUGAGAUCUUCAUUAGCUUAUGAUAUUUGCUGCCGAGAUGUUAUAACAAGGACUCAUUCGUGUAUAUAAGCUAUUUCUUGAUCCAUUUAAAAAGGAAGAAUUGUACAUUGUGUAGAAAAAAAAAAAAAAAAAA